AAAGAAACCACUAAUGGAAACUUUAUGACUGUUCAACCGACGGAUAACUUACUAGUUUGCGGGCAAAGUGAAGACUAGCGAAAUGUGUUUACAAAGUAACACUCCCUGUCAGCCCUCCUGCAGGAGAGGAUAGAGGGAAAAUAAGAGAAAUGAUUGUUCAAGGGCUCCAAAAUCAGGACUUUCUGCCAAGAAUAUGUGUCCAACAUUUGGAGGUACCCUCUAAAUCUUCCUUUCAGAAUCCACCAAUGUACGGACAUACAAGGAGGAGUGCCAGGUCAGGAAGCGAGUCGAUCGAGUGGCCAUCUUUUUUUCUUGGAGGAUAAUUAAUGCAUGCCAAGCUGGAGGGCUGAUCCCAACACCGGACUUCUGUGAACAGGACUGUGAAGGAAGCUCUCCUCUGCUUCACAGUUGGUUGCAUUCGGGAGACUUUUGAACAGCCCAUGCUGCCUGUGGCCUAAAGGUGAUGGCUUCAUCCUGAUUUGCUCUUCUUGUGACCUGGGAGUCCCUAAAUCCCGAACAAUAUAGCUUUGUAACAUCCUGGAAGUACCUGGAAUUCUAGGAGUAUCUCACCAAAACUUCUUAAGGUGCCCAGGCACCGCAUCAAUAGCUUUACAUUCUCCUUUAGUAUUCCUAUUUUUUUGAGUAUACAAAGUAAAAGAGACGAAAGUCUGCACAUUAGCAAUAGCCGCUGGCCAUCCUACAUUGCUCCGACGAACCUGCUGUGACCAAGAGGGCGUGACCUUUCUGCCUGCUGACUUCAAACACACACUUGAAAAGAAAACACAGACAGAGAGGCUUCCGCGUGGUGGCAACUCGGACCAAAAACCCCAUCAGGCCUGGAUGCGAUGAACGCCUCAUGUAGGCAUCAGCAUGGACAGCUGUGAGUCUCCUGUGGUUUCUGGGACAGACGAUGGGCUCAGCUCUUCCCAGCAGCAGCAACCACCACAGCCCUGGAACGAUCACUCUAGCUCACAGGUUCCUUGCACCAACCAGGCCCCUUCCCUGGACCCCCUGUCUCUCUCCACUCCCUACCCUUCUCAACCCCAAAACCCGAGUGCACCUUAUGACAGGGUGAGAGAGCUCCAGUCCCAGCAGCAGCAGGCGAAACAGACAUCACCCAAAGUCCACCGUGAUAGCUCUGCCACAGGCCAGCUGCAUCCUAGAAGAGAGGGAACUGAGGAAGAAGAGCAAGAAGGAGGGAGCUGCGGAGAAGAGGAAGAGUCAGAAGACUUAGACGAAAUGGAGAUUGACAGCUGUUUCCCAAGUCUUCAACCUUUUCCUGGGGUGCCAAUGGCUUCAGGGGGAGGGGGCAUGCCCACUCUUCUGCGUCAUCAGCCUACGCAACAACAGGGAGCUACAGAAAGUGGGAGUGAGGAAGGAGAGGAAGAAGAGGAAGAGGAGAUUAGUGAUGUUGAGAACCUGACUGGAGAGAUAGUCUACCAGCCAGAUGGCUCAGCUUACAUCGUAGAGAGCCUCAGUCAGUUGAUCCAAAGUGGUGGGGGCAUGGUACCCGGCCUGCUUUCCACAAACUCUCUCACCAGUGGGGGAAAACCGGGGGAACCUGCUGGGACUUCAUCCACGGUCUACCCUCAGAUCAUUAACACGUUCCACAUAGCCUCGUCCUUCGGGAAGUGGUUUGGCAAUUCAGACCAAGGUUUCCCCAAUACCUCAACCAUGGCAGGUCUCAGCCCUGUCCUGCACAGUUUCCGUGUCUUUGAUGUGCGGCACAAAAGCAACAAGGAUUACCUAAACAGCGAUGGGUCUGCCAAGAAGUCCUGUGUAUCCAAAGAUGUUCCCAACAACGUGGAUUUCUCCAAAUUUGAUGGGCUAGCCCUUUAUGGCAAGGGUAAGCCCAUUCUCAUGUGUUUUCUCUGCAAGCUGUCCUUUGGCUAUGCGCGUUCCUUUGCCACUCAUGCUGUUCAUGACCACCGCAUGACACUGUGUGAGGAUGAGCGUCAGCUGCUGGGGGACAAGCAUGCAUCUGCCAUCAUCCAGGGCAUUGGGAAGGACAAAGAGCCCCUCAUCAGUUUCCUGGAACCAAAAAAUAAGAGCACUCCUCUGCCACCUACCCUUCUCCCCAUUAACCCUGGUCAGAGCUUCUAUGGCACGUUUAGUGGUGUCCAUUUGGAGCCUGGAAGCAGCAGUGGGGGCGGUGAGACCGUCCUAAACAAAGAUUCUGACUCUAGCCUCCAGCAACAGCAACAGACCCAACUAAGCUCGGCCCUUUCUCUUGGAGGGCUGAACAUCCCCAAAGCAUCCACUCUUACCUCAUCCCCAGGCUCUGCCAAAGACUCCAGUGCCCUGCCCAAACAGGGAGGGAGAACAGAGGAGCCUGUUGGGAAAGAGUUAGCAUGCCAGGGAGAGGAUGGGGACACUGAGGGACAUGAAAGCAAGGAGCAUCUAUCGAGCCAAAUAGGGGGCUCGGAAGAAGAACUGUUAUUAGGGGAGGAGGAAGACGAGGUGGAGGCAGGAAGCACUGCAGUGGCCUGUAGUGAUAACAGUAGCAGUGGCGGAGGUGAAGCAAGGGAACCAGCUGUCUCAAACCAAAGCAUUUCCAAAUCUCCUUUAUUAAUGCCUAGUAGCACUCUCCAGCCUUCUGCCUGCACCUCUGCAGUCAGUUCCACACUCAACAGCAAAGCCCCCGCUUCCACUUCCUCCUCUGUCAGAAAAGAGGGUUCAGCUGCCGAUGGUGGGGGGAGGACCUCAGAGCUCCCUCUGAGCUUUAACUGCCAGGGAUCCACUGUUCCCAUGGCAAUGGCGGCAGCUGCCGUCAGAAGGAGUGAGGAUGAAACUGCUGGCACUUCCUCCUCACCUCUGUCCUCCAAUGCUGCUGCUGAUGAAAGUGCCAAUCGAGAUAGUGCCACAGCUCCAGAACCAAAUGAUUGCCCGGCAGAGGGAGAGGAGGAAAAUGGAGCCCUUCUGCACCAUCACCACAUGCACCACCACCAUCAUCAUCACCUCCACCCUUCAUCACAUGGUCACUCCCACCCACUUCCAGGUGGUUCCUGUGACCUAACAGGGAUGGGCGAGUGUUCACAGAACCACGGGCCUGGUGGCAGUGGAGGGAGUGGGGUAGAAUGCCCAAAAUGUGACACUGUCUUAGGAUCCUCACGCUCUUUAGGUGGUCAUAUGACUAUGAUGCAUUCUCGCAAUUCAUGUAAGACACUUAAGUGUCCAAAAUGCAACUGGCAUUACAAAUACCAGCAGACGUUGGAGGCCCACAUGAAAGAGAAGCACCCAGACUCUGGAGGCUCCUGUAUGUAUUGCAGCAGUGGUCAGAGUCAUCCUCGUUUGGCUCGUGGGGAAAGUUAUACCUGUGGAUACAAGCCCUUUCGGUGUGAGGUUUGUAACUACUCAACGACCACAAAGGGCAACCUAAGCAUCCACAUGCAGUCGGACAAGCACCUGAACAACAUGCAGACACUGCAGAAUGGAGGCUCCAUUGGCUCUGCGCAGGAGCAAGUGUUUGGACAUAACCCAGGAGGAGUGGUGGCUGUCCCCUCAGUGACCCAGGCCAGUAGCCAUCACCCUCCCCACCACCAUCCUACGCAGUCCUCCACCCAUAUGGCUGGACCGUGUGGGGCCCCCUCCCCGACCAAGCCGAAGAACAAACCAAGUUGGCGAUGUGAGGUAUGCGACUAUGAAACCAACGUUGCACGGAACCUACGUAUCCACAUGACCAGUGAGAAGCACAUGCACAACAUGAUGCUGCUCCAGCAGAAUGUGAGUCAGAUGCAGCAUGGCCGACUUGGCUUGGGAGCCAUGCCUUCGCCUUCUGAGGCUGAGCUUUACCAAUAUUACCUGACCCAGAACAUGGGCCUUCCACCAGGCCUUAAGAUUGACCCAGCAGGAGCUGAAGCCCAGUUUUUGAUGGGGGGUUUUCAUCUUGAUCCCAACAUGGCUGCCCUGGCCCCUGCACUUGUAGGUGGUGAGAUCCCUAUGGAUGUGCGGCUGGGCAGUGGGCAGUUAGUGUCUGAAGAACUCAUGACCCUGGGAGAAAGUCUAUCGCAGACAAGCGACCCCUCGCUCAAGCUCUUUCAGUGCGCCGUGUGCAACCGCUUCACCACUGACAACCUGGAUGUGCUUGGCAUGCAUAUGGGCGCUGAGCGCAGCCUACCGGAGGAGGAGUGGCGGGCCGUUGUGGGCGACUCUCACCAGUGCAAGUUGUGCCACUACACCACCCAGCUCAAGGCCAACUUCCAGCUGCAUUGCAAGACGGACAAACACGUGCAGAAGUACCAACUUGUGGCACACAUCAAAGAAGGGGGAAAAGGCAACGAAUGGCGACUGAAAUGUGUGGCAAUUGGCAAUCCAGUGCACUUGAAGUGCAAUGCCUGUGACUACUACACUAACAGCCUGGAGAAGCUGAGGAUGCACACUGUCAAUUCCCGCCAUGAGGCUAGCCUCAAACUUUACAAGCACCUGCAGCAGCACGAGAACGCGGUGGAGGGUGAUGCCUGCUACUACCACUGUGUGCUGUGUAACUACUCGACCAAGGCCAAGCUCAAUCUGAUCCAGCAUGUGCGCUCCAUGAAACACCAGCGCAGCGAGAGCCUCAGGAAGCUCCAGCGCCUGCAGAAGGGUCUGCCGGAGGAGGACGAGGACCUCAGCUCCAUCUUUACCAUCCGCAAAUGUCCUUCUUCAGAUACAGGAGAGCUGAGUGAGGAUGUGGAGGCUGCUAGUGAGACCACCACAGACCAGGAGGACCAAACCAAAGACAGAGAAAGUGGGGGGGAGAAGGAGCUCACCAAAGGGACAGCGGUGACCGGCCACCAAGAACGGCACCAGUCGGAUUCCCCGAUCCCCUCCAAGAGGCCCUCCUCACGGUCCGAGACCUCAGAGAGCCCGCUUUCCUCAAAGCGUCCCAGGACGGCUGAGAAGAGCGCUGCAGAGCAGAUGUACCAGUGCCCCUACUGCAAGUUCACCAACACGGACCUGAACCGUCUCAGAAUGCACGUGAUGACGCAGCACUCUGUCCAGCCUAUGUUACGCUGCCCACUAUGUCAGGACAUGCUCAACAACAAGAUCCACCUGCAGUUCCACCUCACACACCUCCACAGUGUGGCUCCAGACUGUGUUGAUAAGCUAAUUGCCACAGUAACAGCAAGUGAAGCACUGCCAGCGAGCAUGUUCAUACCUGUACCGAGUCCAGACAGAGAGUCUCAGAGCACCCCUCAUGCUACAGCCAACUCCACUUCUGAAGAUACAAAGAAACAAGCUGAUGCAUCAGAGGCUGAUCUGGAGACUGGGGUGUCACUCCCGACAGAAAUGCCUCAAGCUCAAAAGUCACCUCUGGAAGAUCAACAGUCGGAGAGGGACGAUGCCACUGGAUUCCUGUGCUGGAAAAAAGGCUGUAAUCAAGUGUUUAAGUCCUCCAACUCCCUCCAAAUGCACUUUAAUGAAGUUCACAACAAAAGGCCCCAGCUGCCUGUGUCAGAUCGCCAUGUGUACAAGUACCGCUGUAACCAGUGCAGCCUGGCCUUCAAGACUGUUGAGAAGCUCCAGCUCCAUUCACAGUACCACGUAAUCAGAGCGGCCACCAUGUGCUGCCUCUGUCAGAGAAGCUUUAGAACACUGCAGGCUUUGAAGAAACAUCUAGAAACCAGCCACCUGGAGCUGAGUGAGGCUGAUAUCCAGCAGCUUUAUGGGGGCUUGUUGAUGAAUGGUGACAUAAUGGUUAUGGGUGACCCCACCCUUGGUGAGGAGCACGGAGGUCUGCUGGAAGAUGACAAAGAAGGAGAUGAAAGUGAUCCUGAGGAAAAACAAAGCCCAACAGGCAGUGACUCUGGCUCUCUACAGGAAGACUCUGGAUCUGAGCCAAAACGUGCUUUGCCAUUCAGAAAGGGCCCAAACUUUACCAUGGAGAAGUUUUUGGAUCCAUCUCGCCCUUUCAAGUGCACUGUCUGCAAAGAGUCUUUCACACAGAAGAACAUCCUUCUGGUUCAUUAUAACUCUGUCUCCCACCUACACAAGGUGAAGAGGGCUCUUCAGGAGUCCACUACUGGCCAGCCUGAGCCCACCAGCAGCCCUGACAACAAGCCAUUCAAGUGCAGCACUUGUAAUGUGGCCUACAGCCAGAGUUCUACUCUAGAGAUCCACAUGCGCUCUGUUCUACACCAGACCAAAGCUAGAGCAGCCAAACUUGAAGCAGCAGGAGGGCUCACUAGCCCAGCAAGUGCUACUGGUUUAAGCGGUGGGGGGUCCAGUAUUAGCACUUCAACACCUAGUCCAAGCCCUGCCAGCAACUCAACUACAGGCUCUACCAACCACAGUUCUUCUGGGUCUCAUACUGCUCAGAGUUCACAUGGAGGAAACCACAUGGGCCAGAGUCAUAGCAUUGAAAAUCUGGGAAACUCCUCAGUGAGCUGCCAUUCCUCGCCAUCUGAAAACCAUGAGUUAAAAAAGUCCAAGUAUGACAUGCUGUCUACAAGGGGGCAACAACAGCAGCAGCAGCUUCAGCAGCAGCAGCUGGCUCAGGCUCAAGCACAAGCUCAAGCUCAGCUUCAGCAAGAACUCCAACAGCAGGCUGCUCUGUUACAAUCACAGCUAUUCAACCCAGCACUUCUGCAGCACUUCCCUAUGACAACUGAUGCACUUCUCCCCCUGCAACAGCAGCAAUUGCUUUUUCCUUUCUACAUCCCUGGAGCAGAAUUUCAACUAAACCCAGAGAUUAGCAUCAGUAAUUCAGCACUUGGCCUCGCAGGAUCGUCAACCUCCUCAUUGCUGGAAGAUCUAAAAAACUCAGCCCAGCAGGCCCAACAGAGUUGCUUGCAACAACAGUUGAUGCAUCACCACCUUCAGCAGCAGCAUUCACAACAACAGCAGCAGCAACAACAACAACAGCAGCAGCAGUCUCACUCACAGGCUCAGGGGCAGAUGGCAUUGCUCCAGCAGAGUGCAUCUCUCCUCCAGCAUGCUGAGAAAAAGCAAAGAACUCCCUCCUCCCAGAAUGAGAAAGAACAAGAAAUACAAAGGGAGAGGGACACAGCUGAGAAGAAUGAGGAUCAUGUUCACAAAGAUUCUUCAGACAGCAAGUCAAAAGACAAGAAGGACAUUCAGCAUAUUUCAAUAAACAUUAACCAUGAUACAGGUUUGCCUCCACCUAGGAUUGCUUCAGAUGCUCGAGGGAAUGCAACCAAAGCCUUGCUGGAAAAUUUUGGGUUUGAGUUGGUAAUACAAUACAAUGAAAACAAACAGAAAGCUCAGAAAAAGACAGCUGGCCCUACAGGAUCAAGUGGUCCAGGUGGGAUAACAAGAGUGGUGGACCCCAUUGAGGGAUUAGAGAAACUGGAAUGUGAAGCCUGUGGCAAGCUGUUUUCAAACAUACUGAUUCUAAAGAGCCACCAGGAGCAUAUCCACCAGGCUUUCUUUCCUUUUCGAUCCCUUGAGAGGUUUGCUAAGGAAUACAGAGAGCAUUAUGAUAAACUCUAUCCACUGAGACCUCCUACACCAGAGGCUGCUCCCGUUCCUCCACCGCCUCCUCCUCCACCUCCGCCCCCUCCUCCACCCCAAAGAGCUCCUACACCAAACAUCCCUGUCUCUGCUGCUUCACUCACACCUCCAACUGUACCCACCCCACAGCCGCCAGUUCAGAUGGCCCAAAUCCCCAUGCCUAUGGAUUUGCCCCUGUUCUCUCCACUCAUGAUGCAACCCAUGUCACUUCAGUCCUUGCCCACUCAGUUGCCUCCCCAGUUGCCAUCUGUGGAGCCAAGCCUAGCCUCAGACCUGGCCCAGCUUUAUCAGCAGCAGCUUACACCAGCCAUGCUGCAGCAGCAGCAGAACAAAAGGCCACGCACACGUAUUACAGAUGACCAGCUCAGGAUCCUGAGACAGUACUUUGAUAUUAACAAUUCACCAAAUGAGGAGCAGAUUAAAGAGAUGGCCGACAAGUCAGGGCUCCCUCAAAAAGUCAUAAAGCACUGGUUCAGGAACACUCUUUUCAAAGAACGGCAACGCAAUAAAGAUUCGCCAUACAAUUUUAAUAAUCCACCAACUACAACAUUAGAAGAAGCAAAAGUUGACUCAAAACCUCCUUCCCCUGAGCCCCAGAAACAUGAGCUAUAUGGCAGUAAGAGAUCAUCCAGGACUAGAUUUACUGAUUACCAGCUCAGAGUGCUGCAAGACUUCUUUGAUGCCAAUGCAUAUCCCAAAGAUGAUGAAUUCGAACAGCUCUCCAACCUUCUGAGCCUCCCCACUCGUGUCAUCGUUGUGUGGUUCCAAAAUGCUCGCCAAAAGGCAAGAAAGAACUAUGAAAACCAGGGAGAAGGAGCAAAAGAUGGAGAAAGACGAGAGCUGUCAAAUGACCGCUAUAUCCGGACCUCAAAUCUGAACUACCAGUGCAAGAAAUGCAGUCUGGUUUUCCAGCGAAUCUUUGACUUAAUAAAACACCAAAAGAAGCUGUGUUACAAAGAUGAAGACGAGGAUGGACAGUAUGACAGCCAAAAUGAGGAUUCGCUGGAUCUCUCCAGUGAAUGUUACACUCCCUCUGGGUCUUCCUGUCACACCCCAAUGCCCUCCUCUUCAAGUCUGUGCCCACUACCACCCUCCACUUCAGCUUUCUCACACCUCCCAUCCACUGAAAAAGAGGAAGCAUCACCAGCAACCACCUCAAACCUCUUUGAUGAGAAGCCCAAGCAGUUGCCAGAAAUAUCAGCUGAUCCACGAGAAACCCAAUCCUCUAUUAAGCAGGAGAUUGUACAUCCACCCCAGUCUGAGGCACAACACCACAGACCUCAAAGAGAAGAAAAGAUUCAAAAGCCUAUCAAACAUGCAUCGUCUUCCUUCUCUCAGCAACAACAGCAGUGUGGUCCUUCAGCCUCCCAGACAAGUCAAGCCUCAUCGCAAGCCUCUCACAUGAGCCUCAAUGCACACCUGACCUCUGCCACACAACAACUGGCACAGCAGAUGAUCCCUUACCAGUGUGAGCAGUGCAAAAUUGGCUUCCCCUCCUUUGAACAUUGGCAGGAGCACCAGCAAUUACACUUCCUCUCUGUGCAAAAUCAAUUCAUCCACCCUCAAUUCCUUGACCGUCCAAUUGACAUGCCUUUCAUGCUAUUUGAUCCCAGCAAUCCUCUCCUGGCUAGUCAGCUACUCUCUGGGGCAAUGCCACAGAUCCCAAGCAGCUCUGCCACCUCUCCGUCCACCCCCACCUCCACCAUGAACUCCCUGAAGAGGAAGUUAGAGGAGAAAGCUGGCACCAGCCCAGGAGAAAACGACAGCACAAAUAGCGGAGAGGAGCCACAGAGAGACAAAAGGCUCAGAACCACCAUCACACCUGAGCAGCUAGAGAUCCUUUAUCAGAAGUAUUUAUUAGAUUCCAAUCCUACACGCAAAAUGCUUGAUCACAUUGCUCAUGAGGUGGGAUUAAAAAAGAGGGUAGUCCAAGUAUGGUUCCAAAACACCAGAGCUAGAGAGAGGAAAGGCCAGUUUAGAGCAGUAGGGCCUGCACAAGCUCAUCGCAGGUGCCCUUUUUGUCGAGCUCUUUUCAAGGCCAAAACUGCCCUGGAGGCACACAUUCGCUCUCGUCACUGGCAUGAAGCCAAACGUGCUGGCUAUAACUUAGCUCUCACAGGUAUGUUACCAGAACACGAGGGUAUGCAAAUAAAAAUGGACGCCCUAGAGACUUCAAGCCAACUAGCCCCAUCAAACAGUGAUGGACAGAGCUCCUCCAUGUCACCGGUCAACAAAAGCAUGGAUCUGUCUCCCAGGGCUCUGCUUAGCCCAUCUUCUAUUAAAGUUGAGGGAAUGGAGGAUUUUGAGAGUGCAGCUAUGUCUUCAGUGAACCUCAGCUUUGAUCAAAGUAAACUGGAUAAUGACGACUGUUCCUCUGUGAAUACAGCAAUCACAGACACAACAACAGGUGACGAGGCCAAUGCUGAUAAUGACAGUGCUGAUGUUAAGCACAGUCACAACAGUGCUGAUUACCUGUCUAAGUCUGGGGGCUCGGUCCCCAUCCUUGAUAAUGAUGACCAAAUGUCCUCAGGGCUGGUGAGUCCUGCAACAAGCUAUUAUGCUAAGGACUAUGACAAUGAAAAUAUGAUUGACCACAGUGAGACGUCGAGCCUUGCUGACCCCUGUUCACCAAGUCCUGGAGCCUCGGGUAGCAGGAGCAUCGACAGCGGAGAUCGACCUGGCCAAAAGCGCUUCCGAACCCAGAUGACCAACCUCCAGCUGAAAGUGUUGAAAUCCUGUUUUAAUGACUACAGGACGCCCACAAUGCUGGAAUGUGAGGUACUUGGCAAUGAUAUCGGACUUCCAAAGAGAGUUGUUCAGGUUUGGUUUCAAAAUGCACGUGCCAAGGAGAAAAAGGCAAAGCUCAACAUGGCCAAGCACUUCGGAAUAAAUCAGACAUCCUACGAGGGGCCGAAGACUGAAUGCACUUUGUGUGGUGUCAAGUACAGUGCCCGCCUCUCUGUUCGUGAUCACAUUUUCUCCCAGCAACACAUCUCAAAGGUGAAGGAUACCAUUGGCAGCCAGAUCGAUAAAGAGAAAGAGUACUUUGACCCAGCUACUGUUCGGCAACUUAUGGCCCAGCAAGAGAUGGACCGCAUUAAGAAGGCCAAUGAAGUGUUAGGAUUGGCACAGCAGCAGGCCAUGCAGCAGCAAGGGAUGUUUGAUAACCCUGCAAUGCAGGCUUUGAAUCUACAGUCAGCCUAUCCAAAUCUGCAAGGCAUCCCACCUGUGCUUUUGCCAGGGGUUGGCAGCCCCUCUCUUUCCAGCUUUAACUCAUCUAAUUCAGCUUUAACUCCUCCAAAACCUUCAAACCUCCUGAACAUGCCUGGUGCCAGCGUCCCCUCACCGAGCCUCCCCACGUCUGGACUGCCCAACAAGCCUCCCUCCUCAUCGUCUCUCGCCGCGUCGAGCCCGGCGCAGACCAAUACGUCUGCUUCCCAUUCAAGCCCCACCUCCACAUCCAACUCCACUCCCUCGACUACCCAGUCCGGCUCCCGGCCUGAACCCCCCAAAGAACGUGAUGCUGAGAGGGUAAGAGAAAAGGAGAAGCCCAAGGAAAAGACAGAGAAACCCCCAACCCCAUCAUCAACUGGAAGCACCCCUGCCCCUUCCACUUCUGCCGCCAGCGCCAAGAAAGAGAAACCAGACACAGCUGUACCUGCCACCUCUAUGCCCACACCUGGCAUGGAGUAUGUGGUCGACCCUGCGCAGCUUCAGGCCCUGCAGGCUGCUUUGGCAUCAGAUCCAACAGCUCUGCUCACAAACCAGUUCCUGCCCUACUUCAUGCCUGGCUUUUCCCCGUAUUACACCCCACAGAUCCCAGGGGCUCUCCAGGGGGGCUACCUGCAGCCCAUGUAUGGUAUGGAAAGUCUCUUCCCUUACAACCCAGCAUUGUCACAAGCACUGAUGGGCCUGUCUCCAGGGUCCCUGCUGCAGCAUUACCAGCAAUAUCAGCAGAGCUUGCAGGAGGCACUACAGCAACAGCAGCGGCAGCUUCAGCAGAUCCAGCAACCCAAGGCGAGCCAAACUCCAGUUACCCCACAAACCUUGGGGGAUCGCAAAGAAUCUGCCAAAGAUCCAGCGAAAACAGAGGAGCAAAAGGGCAAUCCCCAUAGUGAACCCCCCACUUCUUCCUCUUCCUCCUCUUCUCAUAAUAAAGUUCCCUCUGAGCAGAAUGACAUGGAUGGCAAAGCUGUGGACCCUCAUCUAGACCAGUAUAUCGUCCCCAAGGUGCAGUAUAAACUGGCAUGCCGCAAGUGUCAAGCAGUUUUCACCAAGGAAGAAGCGGCUAUAACCCACCUUAAAUCAAACUGUUUUUUUGGUCAGUCUGUGGCAAACCUGCAAGAGAUGUUGCUGCGUGUCCCCGGUGGCGUAGGUGCAGGGGCUGGAAGUCAGUACGACUGCCUGGCUUGUGACACCACGUUGGAUGGGGAAAAAGCACUCAGUCAACACCUGGAAUCGGCAUUGCACAAACACAGAACAAUCAAGCGAUCAGCCAGAAAUGCCAAAGAGCACGCUACUAGUUUAUUACCUCACUCUUCAGCCUGCUUCCCCAAUCCUAACACCGCAUCUACCUCGCAGUCUGCCACUCAUCCCAUCAGCAGCCCCCCUCCCCCGCCAACAACAUCAGCCACCAUGCCAUCCUCUGCUGUGUCCUCUACCCUGUGCUCCUCCUCCUCUACGACCCCACUCAACACCACAGCUGCCGGCAAACCAUGGCCCCAGGCCCCCUUCUCCAGAGCUUUAGCUGGGAAGCCCAAUGCCAGUCCCUCCUCUUCUUCCUCCUCUUUUCCUCCAAUGUCCUCACCUUCAACGGUUACCUCAAGUUCAUUGAGCACCUCAGGAGUUCAGACCUCGAUACCAACAGACGUCUUUACCGACGAGUCUGACUCUGACAGCAGUCAGAAGUCAGCAGACAGGCUGGGAAGGACGGCGGAGGAGCCGCAGCAGCCUGGCUUUGUCAAAGACAGUAGUAGUUGUAGUAGUAAUCUUGCUAGUGUAGGAACAGACUCCAUCAGAUUGUAAAAGAGCUUUCAGUGAUGGACAAUAUUUAAAAAAUAUGAAAAAAGACAAAAAAAAUCACAAAUGGAAAAAAACAUAAAAAGCAGCAAUGUUAAAAAUACAGUAAAGUAUACAAACCAAUUUCAGAAAAGAUGUGUAAAGACUAACUGCAAUUCCAAAGCUUGUAACCAAAAAUUUAAAUGUUAGUGGAUUGUUUUCCCAUAUCAACAUGCUGGUUUUCAUUUUUUCUUUUUUUAUUUGUUUGUUUGUUUGUUUGUUUUGUUUUACUCAACUGAAAUACAUCAUACUAAUAUAUGAGAAUAGAAAAGAUUGCUGCAGUUAUGUUUGGAUAAUGGUAGAGGAAUGCUGUACUGUAUGGCAAUGGACUGCCUCAAAGUUGACAAAUGGCCCAAGAACCCUUCUGAAGAAAUCCAAGUCAACAAGCUGUCCCUUUGUUUUGUAAUAAUUUCUACUUAAUAGCACAGUCACAAAAAGCCAGUAUGUACUGUAUGGGAGAAUAGUCUUUCACUUUUCUUGCUAUUUAAGCAUUCAGAUACCAAUGGCUUGCAAAAGAAAAAGAAUAAUGUAAUGUCUAUUUUAUUCUCAGGUCAACAGCUCACAGAUGUUUUUCUGUUACAGAUCCAUGUUUGGCAUCUUUUGUUUUCAACAGAAGAUGAGCAUUUUUGUUCUGAACUUGAUUUAAUAACCUUUUUUUUUAAGUUGAACGAUAUUUGAACAAGGCAUUGUUUCUGGGCAUUCAAAAAGGGUAAAUGAGUUGCUGAUUUUCACAUUAGAAAUUGUUUUCAAGGGGGAAGAGGAGGGGUCACAAUCCCAUUAUACCCAGACAUAGGAGAGCAUUGCAGGCAUAAUAAUGGGCGAUAAAAAGAGUUUUAAUUAAAAAAGCAACCCUCUGUAUUUAUGAUAGAUAUGAACAUUUUUGGUGUUAAGUAGAUUGUUGCAUUGGAAAUGACUUUAAACAGUAUGGUAGGUUGAAAAAAAAUUUGUGUACAUUUAGCUUUUGUAUUGUCCAACUUUAAGACGCUUCAUUUGAUGUUGUCUUGGUCAUUCCGAUAGACUAGAUUAUGGACAAGUAAUUUAUCUCGACUUUAUUUCUGUCUUAUUCUUAACUUCUUGGGAAAUGUUCACCCAAAAUGCCCCUCCUGACAAGGCAGGAUCUUAUUUUAGAAUUAUUUAAAUUUAUUGUGUGGUUAGUUAUGUGCUAAUCAGACAAACAGAAAGAUCCUGGGUGAAAUAUUGAAAGUUUUAUAUUAUUUAAUUUUGCGUUACCUUUGUGCACUUAUCACUGUCUGACUCCUAUUUCUCACUACUUGUUCCUCUCUUCGCACUUAUUUUUCUCUGCUCUCCUGUGUUUGUAGAUAUGUACACUACAAAGCAGGUCUUUUGUUCUUCAUGUAGUGUGGCUACAGUCUUUAUUUUCAUUUUGACAUUUUUGUUGUCAUAAAUGAAAAUGAAAAAAGAAUACUAAUAAUAAUUCUCACGCUUUAAGACAAAAAGAAAAUCCAAAGACUAAACACUUUCACCAUUGGUGCAUAAAUAUGAGAAAAGAGGCUUCUUUAUACUUGAGAAUUUGUUGCUGUUUUUAGAGGAAAGAAAACAAAGUUUUAGAAGAUAAAGGAGUACGCAUCAGAGUUGCCGUUUUUGCUUCUUUGCAAGCAAACAGGUGGCUUUUUUACGUAAAUACCAAAAACCAAAAAGGGCCCUUGUCCUUGCAUUGUGGAGUAGCACCGUUACAGAGCCAUUGCAGUUUGUAAGAUAGAGGUUAUUAAUGUUUCUUUGACUUUUUUGUCACAUUCAAAUGUCCAUUUUUUAAAGAAAAUGUAUAAGGUCUGGUCUUCAAGGACAUACGUUUUGCUGCUAAUGUAGAAUUUUGAAAGAAAAAAAGAGUACCUAGAUGCAUGCUCAUUUUGCUUUUGGCUAAGCUUUAACUAAAACAAACAAUAAACCAAUUUCUUGCCUCUGCAACACCUUUUUUUUUCUUGUUGCAAAAACGGAACUUUGAAGACUGUGAAUAUAUGUUCCAAAGGACAUUUUGCCGAUUUUCUUUUUGAACAGACCAAUGUUUAAAGCCAAUGAUCUAUAACGUUUGUAAAGAACAGUGCAUUCCAAAUAACACAGUGGAUUUUUUUCUUAAGCAAGGACUGAUCCUGUUUCAUUUGAAUUACUUUGAAUUGUCACAAUCUAUUUUUUCCUAAUUUUUAAAGUGACUGUAAACUGUUGUGUACAUUUUUUGCAUCAUUGGUUGCUGAACAAAGUGACCUCCAUAUGUCUUUUUGUGCUGGUAUGGAACAUUGCUGAGAAUCCCUCCAUCCAGUCAAGGUUGUUGCUUACUUGUUAAGCAAGUAAUAGUGGUUACCAAAAAAUGUAUAUAAUACAUCUGGUACUGAUGCGUCUCUUAGGUUUAAUGACACUUAUGCCAGUCGACAUAGUCUCAGAGGGAAAUGAUUGCUGUUUUUGCAGAGGUGAAAUCUACUGGCGACUUGUCCCGUGUGUCUGCAGGGUGCCACUUCCACACUUAGAUUACAGGUUUCCAAAGGGACAUCUUCAUUCCAAAGCAUUAUUUCUGGAAAGGAAGGAGGUUUCUUGAAGAUGUCCCUUGAUUUCACAUAGUUAGGAUGCUUUCGUGUCCAAAGAAGUCUCCCAAGUCAUUUUAUUGCAAUGGAAAUGGAUGUGCGUAGGUACCCCCACUCUCUUACCGAUGAACUAAAAGUUUUAUUUUUAAACCAAAACCUUAUUUAAAUUUGUGAAGAAGUACGUUUUGGCCACUGUUGUAUAGCCAAUAUAGUUGCCCUAACAAAUACACAGCACAAUCUCCGAUGUGUUUAAAGAGCUCUGUGCUGCAGAGCAGUGUGAUCUGGUGUUAAUACUACAGCAUGCUGUUAAAGUCAAGAGAUUUUGUCUGCAAGCUUGUUAUAUCUCUAAAGUCCAAUCCCUAAAAAACUGUUCAUUUGUACCCUUAAGUUGUACAGUUUUCUCCAAAAAGUUGGUUUUAUUUUAAUUUUCAUAUAAUGUCAGACAUGUAUUGUUAUUUUCUUAUAAGUAUUUGUAUUUUAUUUGAGUUCUUAUAUAUUAAUUUUAUCCUAAAUUAACACUAGCUUUAAUUUGAAUUGAAAACAAAAAGUAUGACCUGGCCACUUUAUGGUGUGAUAUUGUUUCUAUGAUAUUGUUUGCGCUUUAAUUUUUCCAAAGUGUAAUCUUUUUGGGCUCUUUUGUGGAGGACAAAGCGGAGGUCUCUGCAUCAGAUUCAGCCAGCAUGAACUGUGUGUUUGUAUGCCUAAGUGUGUGUAUGUGUGUGAACGUGCAUUCAUAAGAGCCAGCAUCAAUUCAAUUUUAUUCUUGUUUGCCUUUUUUAUAUAUAUGUUACACACCAAAACAAACUGAACCACAAAGCUGGAUUAUGAAUAAGUGAAAUUUAAAAAAUCAAAUUUUAACAUCAAUGAUCAGAAAUGAUGAAACCGAAGCACUGAGCAGUUUUUACUUUGAUUGAAUAUAUGAAUGUGGCCAAAGCUUUAUGCAGUUGAAACAAAAAGAGAAAAAAGUUACAAGUUGUGCCCCAGAUAACUGUAUAUUUUAUUGUGGCACAAAAUGCUAUAGUGGAUGAUUGGAUCCACUGACUUACAUUGGGAUACUUGAUUUUAACGGACAUUUACAAAGAGAGAGAUAAAGACAAGGUUUUGCUGUAGAGGUCAUCUUUCUUCCCACUGUGAAAAACGAACGUGUACCUGUAUACAGAUAUAGAUAUAUUUAAAACGAGACAUCAACUUUUUUAUGUUUGUUUUUGAGAUGAAGAAGGAAUGGAAAAAAAGGACUCUCAGAAGCUUUGGAGGUCUUGUUAGGAGGACACGAGAGGCUGUGGGCACACCAAAACUGGGCAUGGGAGCCUAAGGCAGGCUCGAAAACAGCUUUAAAAACCACCUCCUUAUUUGAUUACUGACAACUCUGUAAUGGGAAUGGACUCUGGAACCAAUGGACAUGUGUAACACAGAGAGAAAAACUGAACUUAAGUGGCUCCAGCUGCCUCUUUUCUCCUUUCUGUCUGUCUCUUUCUUUCUCCAGCUCUGCCUCUGCUUCUGCUCUUUGAUGGACUUUUUUCCAAACUUCAGGACAGGAUGGACAGAGAUGCUUGCUUCAUUUCUCCCGAUUCAUGUUGCUUACCCGUUUCAUUUCCUCGUGCUUGUCUCUGGUUGACAAGUCAAAGCUCUCCAGUUGAAUGGCGGCUCACCCCUCUCUCUGUUGGGUACAUUAUCUAGAAAAAGAGAGAAAUGAACAACAGAGAGAGGGGACGGGUUCUCAAAGCUGUCGUUCUUAAAGAGGCAGUUACACUAAAAAAGCGUAUUAACCAAAAUUAACAACCAAACUAACAACCAAACAACCAUUUGCUCCAACUUCAAAGAUGAACUGUUACUUGGAGCUCUCUGUUCCUUUUGUGACUUCUGGUGCCACAAUGUUUUUUUUAUGCUUUUUGUUUUUCUUUUUUUGUUUCCUUGAAUUACUCCUCCUUCGAGCCUCAUAAGCAUGGCUCUGUGGCUCCAGGCAGCCCAUCCGAGGGUAGAAAAAAACAGCCUUGCAAUGUACAAAAAAGAGCAAGUUAAACCAAAAAUGUUGUUCUUGAUGUCUUUUCUAUACUGUAGUCUUGUUAGCUUUUUUGUUACUGUAAUUAUAUGAUGAAGAUUUCCAAACUGUACCAAAUUACAUGGAAACUAACAUACAUACAACCACAUGGAACUUCAGACUUUUAAAGAAACUUUUGUCACAAAACCUUGUUGUCCUAGUUAAGUUGAUUGUAGAUGGUAAUUGAAUAUACUCCUUUGAAAAUAUUUCAUCAAGUAUGUUUCUUGCUCAUUGUGAUACAUUA